AUGCUUUUCGCUGAUUCGGGCCCUGCAGACAUCCAGAUUCCCCAAACAGCAGAGAUGAAGUUUGCCUCUCCCACCAUCGCGACCAAAGACCUGGAGAACUACGACAAGGACAGUCACGAUGAGUUCAAGAAGUACGAGAUGACGAAGGAGCACGAGAGGAGGGAGCGCCUGAAGGCCCUGAACGAGGAGGACCGCAAGAAGGAGGAGCAACAUUACGAGGAGAUGAAGAAGAAACACGCCAACCAUCCAAAAGUUCACCACCCUGGCAGUGAAGACCAGCUGAAGGAGGUGUGGCAGGAGGCUGACGGUUUGGACCCUAUGGACUUCAAUCCAAGGACUUUCUUCACACUGCACGACAGCAACGGGGACGGCUUCUUGGACGAGAGCGAGCUCGAAGCUCUCUUCACCAAAGAGCUGGAGAAGGUGUACAACCCUGAAAACGAAGAAGACGACAUGAUGGAGAUGGAAGAAGAGAGACUACGAAUGAGAGAGCACGUCAUGAAUGAGGUGGACACCAACAAAGACAGACUGGUGUCUCUGAAUGAAUUCAUGGCAGCCACCAAGAAGGAGGAGUUCACAGAAAAGGACGAGUGGGAGACUUUAGAUCAGAACCCCAUGUACACGGAGGAGGAGCUGCGAGAGUACGAACAGCACCUGGCCAACGAGGAGAACGACAUCAACGAGAAGACGGUGGAGCUGCAGAGACAGAAGGAGGAGCUGGAGAGGAAACAGGAGGAACUUAAUGCUCAGAGGUUGGGGCUCCAGCAGGCGGUCGAGCAUAUGGAGAAGACAAAAGCCCUCAACAUGAAACCUGAAGUGAACCAGGCCGGCGUCCCCGUAGCUGAAGCAGACCGUACGCCCGGCGUCAGUCAACCCGUGCAGGACGUCCCAGUGCCGGGCCACUCUUAGCAGGACCCUUUAACCCCUCUGUGUGCCGUGUGAGUGACUGUGAGCCUGUGUACACGUGUGCUUGCCUUCUAAUGACUUUAAAUUUGACUGUUUUGUUGAGGAUUGUAAAAAAAAUACUACUACCCCAGCGUCCUGCACGCUGCACUGAACGGAGCUGAGGCUGUGGCGCUGGUCCAGAUUCUCUCGUGGACAAUCAACCUUUUUGUUUCCUUUGGUUUUGAUCUUUUAACCCUCGUGGACUUUGAUCCGUGGGGGGGAAGUACUUUGUGGUGAAAUAGGGAAGGCUUUUGGCCUGAAUGUUUUGAAGAGUAGACACUGUAGUUUAUCGCCUCCUUUUCUUUUUGAAGUGAAGCGUAUUUAUUUAUUCCUGCAAAAGGAGCUUAAAAUCAGAGCAAUGAAUGUCAGAAAGUUUACUGUAGUCGUUAAGGAGGGCCGCUGCCUCAUGAAGGAAAUGGCAGGAUGUGGAUUAGAGCAAGUUUCAGAACAUAAUCAUGAAACAGUCAAAUCUGAACGCAUAAAUUAAUGUUCCAUGCUCAGUUUUACUGCCGUUUAUCUUUUAACUUUAACAUUUCAAAACUGCAGUUUCAGUUUUACCCACAAUCCUUUGCACCAAACAAUUUAACUUUCAAGCUCUAUUUUUUAUACAAAGUUACGCCUACAGAUUGAGUUUAAUUGCUCUGGAUUAAUUGACUGAAGAGAAUAUUCUUUUACAGAUGACGUUACAUAGAGUUUAUAUUUUGAUGUUUUAAUUGAAUAUAAUUGUUCCUGUGUUAGCCUAACAGUCGUGUGGAUGAAGUGGUUGUACGAGUGUGUUUCAUGAUACUUUUGUUUAUUUAUUUUGUCCACUGAUGAAAUCUCACUGAGUCUUUGACUCUGGCCAAUCAUGCACAUGCUACAAGAUUAUAUAUGAAGAUGAUUAGUGAUACAAAGAAAAGGCCAGUUUGCAUCAUUUCAUUUUCUGUCCCUUUCAAAUUGCAGCUAAAUUUGUGUUCCAGUGAAUUCCCUGAUCUAAUGAAUCUGUUGUGUAAGGUUUGAAUGUGGAUAAUAAAGUGAAUGAGCUUGCA